AGAUAAUUAAAAAAAUGCUAUAGCAGUGCUUAAAAAUAUUUAGAUUUAGUUUUGCUGCAAAUACACCUUCAUUAGCUACUCCAUGGUCAUUGAGACCAUUUAAAAAUGAGGUAUCAUUACCUAUCAUAAGAUUUCAUGAUGCAUAACCAACAGGAUAAUCAAUAACAUUAGAUUAAGGUAAAUAAAUAAUUUGAUAAAAAAUAGAAAUAUUCAAUUAGCCUAUAAGAAGAGAUUUAGUAUAAAGGUUAGUCAGAUAUACAGAUUUAUAUAAUAAAAAAAUAACAAAAGCAACAUUGGAAUUAAGAGAUGCAGCAGCAUCAGGAGCAAAGAAUCAUCCAUAAAAAAAGACAGGAAAAGCACGUUAAGGUCAUAGAUAAAGACCUGGAAGAUAUAAAGGCAUUAAAGCACAUGGAAGAAAAAUAAGAUCAUUAAGAAUUGAUUUACCAAGAAAAGUUAGAUUAUAAGCAUUCAAGGUAGGUUUAACAGCAGCACUUAUUGAAGGUAAAUUCACUAUUAUAGAUACUGAAAAAUUAAAUGAUGGAAAGACUAAACAUUUGGUUUAAUUAAUGAAAAGUUUUGAAUCUUAUACUUAACCACUAUUGAUUGUUACUAGUGUUGAUCCUGAUGACUUUUUUUUAAGAGCUUCUAGUAAUUUAUAAACCUUAGAAACUUGUACAAUUAAAGAACUUAAUAUUAUUAAAUUGCUUAAAUUCAAAUCAAUUCUUAUGACAAAGGAAGCUGUUUCAGAAUUAACAGAAUCAUUAAAGUAAAGAAAAUUAACACUUUUAGGAGAAAAUAAGAUUAUUAAAAAAGUAUUUUUAAAUUUUUAUAAUAAUUUAGAAAUAUUCGGAAUACCCUAUUGAAGAAUAUGAUCCUACUAAACCUUUAGACUUAAAAUUCAAAGUUUUAAAAGAAUAUUUAGAAGAUUUUGAGAAAUUAAAAUAAGAAGGACAGUUAGAUAAGUUUAUUUAAGAUAUGCCUAAGACUAAGAAAGUAGGUCGCAUUAAUACAAUAAAUCAUCAUUGAGAAAAUUAUUUGUUUUUAAAUAAAG